AUGGAAAACUGUAACGAGAAGAAGUCCAGAAUAAAAUGGAGCAUGAAAUUGUCAAAGCUUCUUCAGUGGAUUUUGAUGAGAAUGGAUACUGAACCCUUGAGGGAUACCAACAGAUUGGAGUAUUUAAUUCCCAAAAAGACGUCCCUAAGGCACCGGUUGCCAAUGGGGGACCAAGGCUUCAUCGACUUUGUUGCUCAUCUACUUGAAAUUAACCCGAAGAAGCGUCCUUCAGCAUCAGAGGCUUUGAAACACCCGUGGCUAUCCUACCCUUAUGAGCCUAUAUCGUCUUGA